GGCAGUAUGGCCUCACAGUGGACAUUACCUCCCAACAGAAGAAAAUUUUCAGGAGUUCAUGUCAUUUCUUCUGGAACAGAAUGUAGAUCUAACAAAUGUAAAGGUAAAAAAACACAUAUUCAUCGAUUAAUUGUCCAAUAGAGGCAACAUCUGCCAUAAAACAGGGAAUAGAGUUCUGUAGAAGGAACAAAUGGAUUAGCAAGAUAUAAGUAGUUUUGUUGUCCCUGAGCCUAUAUCACUUCAAUAGUUAAUGCUCUACCUUUAAAUGUUGUGUGGAAACUAUUUGCUGGAGUUUGUAGCAAAUAUUUAUCAUGAGUUUGCCGUUGUCAUGUAACUGAGAUAGAGUUGAGCGCUGAUCCAGUUCUCUCUUUUUCACCAUACAGAAAAGCCCUUCAGAAGAUGAUGAACAAAUUAUCAUCAGAAAGGUCAGUAGCCUCCAAAGAAACCAACAAGAAGCAGUAGUCUCACAAGAGGUUGAAGCAACAUGCUUUGAAAACGCAGCUGAAGAGAAAAUUGAUUCAAGAAAGCAAGACACAGACGCUGCAGGACACGCCAAUCAACCCAUGUCAAGAUUGUCUCGAGGAUUAUUCUCAAAGAUAUCUAAACUUCACAUACCAGAAAAACAUGAGGUGAUUGACAUUUUCAAGGAGUCAUCGCUACCACCAAGUUGUUGCGGUGAACAUCCACCAAGUUGGCGUGGUGAACGUCCAGAAGCCUAUUCAGAUGAUGGUUAUGAAACAGCAGAAGAAAUUUUACCUGAGGAAGAGUUCAUGUUCCCCAAAGCCAACUUGUCAGAUGAUGAAGAGGAAGAUGAGAAGCCAGUGCCAAAAGAGAAAAUCGUGAAGAGGAUAGAUUCACAUAAAGGAAUGAAGUCAUAUCAAUUAGCUCAGCAAUUAUCAUCCAAAUGGUCAACAGGAGCUGGACCUCGGAUUAGCUGCAUGAGGGAUUACCCUUCUGAGCUUCAGUUGAGAGUUUUAGAGCAAGCAUGCUUGUCUCCAAGGGAAAGAACAUCUUGCCCAUCUCCUCAGACAACGACACGUUUUAGCCCAAAGUUUCCAACGAUAGCUCCAUUAAAUAGAAGAUCAGGUGCAACCAAAAGUCCCCAUUGUUCAGACUCUUAAACAGCAGCACCAUAGACUACAUUUAGAUUAACAUGCAGUUGAUUCAUUAUUUCAUGCUGUGUAGAAAGAGAAGAUAUAGGCAUGCUUUUGUGCCCUUCGAAUGCCAGGCUUUACAGAUUUUCUUUUUCUCUUUCCUGUAGACCACAUUGAGGAAAUGGAACCACUAAAUUAAAUGAAAGGGGCUGAU